UAGCAUUAUUAUUUUAUAUUUAUUAUUUUAAGUGUUUGCAGUAAAAUAUAUUACGUGUAUAUAAUAACAAUGGAAACAGUUGAUAAUUUUAAGUCAAAAUUUAAAUACUACAAAUUGAAUAAACCAAUGCCGUCGCUGAGUGAAGUAAUAUCUCUAGUCAAUAUUAGUAACGAUACCGAUAAGGUCACUAAAAUUAAUCCCGACAAUGUCGGCGAAGACAGCAGAACGGACUUGCUAGGUUUAAGGAAUACUAAAGAAUGGGAACUAUUCACAUUUCAUAAUCAUCCUGGAUUAUUUUUAUUAAAAAAUCCGUUUACAGCCCUAGGACAAAGGUAUUGGAUUAGAAAGUGUUUGGAAAAAUACCCUAGAAAGCCAAAUAAGUUGAAUAUUGAUAUUGAAGUGUUGUUGCCAGAUUGGUGGGCAGAGUGUUUUGAUAAUGGAGCAUGUAAUAGACAGCUUCAGAAGAAGUUGAGAUGGACUACAUUGGGAUAUCACCACAACUGGGAUACAAAAGUAUACACAGAUGAAAACAAAUCCCCAUUUCCCGAGGAGUUGGCAGAGUUGUCAGAUGUAGUGGCACAGUAUGUUGGCUACAUGGGCUUUAGGGCCGAGGCGGCAAUAGUCAACUAUUACCACAUGGACUCAACACUGUCCGCUCACACAGACCAUUCGGAAGUUAAUUUAGAAGCUCCACUGUUUUCAUUUAGUUUUGGUCAAUCAGCAAUCUUCCUUAUUGGAGGUAAAGACAAAUCCGUAGAGCCAUCAGCAAUACUUCUUGACAGUGGAGAUGUCAUGAUAAUGUCAAAGGAGGCCAGGCUCUGCUACCAUGCAGUUCCAAAGAUCCUACCAGCACAAACGGCUCCCUGGGCUGACAGGGAAGACCUAAACAAAAUCAGCUUUAGUGAAGCCACUUUCAAGUACAUAUCUGACAAAAAACAAUUGGUAUCAGAGAUGAAUAAAAACAUUGAUGAAGCUGUGUGGAGCCCCUUUGAAGAUUACAUACAAGAAUCACGAAUCAAUAUGAAUGUACGGCAAGUGCUAAAUGAAAGACAGAAUAGUUUAAUUGAUUAUCAUUUUAAUGACACAUGAAAUAAAGUCUUAAAUUAUA